CAUGAACCAGCUUGUCUUCGAACCAGACAACCAGCAAUCCUACGAGCCUCUCUGAAUUUCAUUUAACUGAAACCAUAAUAUGUUAUCAGCUCAUAGACUAUGUAGAAUAAAAUGAGGGCUAUGAUCCAGCCAACGUGCUCCUGCGCCACUCACGCACAGUCAUGAGUAUCAACAUUUGCUCUCCUGGUAGCAAAACGAAUAUCAUCAGAAGACUUAAAAAAUGGACUGCUUUGUGUUUCCAUCUUAUCCGCCAUAGACUAGCCAAAUUUGUCGCUGGAUGGGAUGUUUCCACUCAGAGUAAGAGUAUACGAGACAAUAAAACGGAGCGAUAUCUCUGGCGAUUUUCUUGCUCCCUAUCGGUAAACAAAUCAGAUGGAAGCAAUCAUGUUUAUGUAGGGAAGAUAAUCGCGGAGAUUGCCCUAUGUAGGGAAGAUAAUCGCCGAGAUUGCAGGGCAGUUAAGGCCGCGUGUCACAUGCAGGAAGAAAUUCCCGAGUUCAGCGGAAGGGAAGUAUAAAUAAUAAAGCAAGGCUGCUCGCACUACCCCAUUGACGCCCUGCAUAGGUCUCUUUCUUCUCUCUCUGGCCGAUCCUUUGUGGGCACGUUCAUCAGUCGUGGAAGAGAACCUGUAUACGUUGGGGAAACGACGGCAGCCGGGACGGCCUCACCGGUGUAAAGCACCUCAAGGCCGUCCUCUCGGCGACGCUGCGCUACGGUCGCUGUUGCCUCUGCGCUCCACUCGCCAUGUCCGUCGCACCCGCCGAGAUGGAUCUGAAUGAGAUAAAAGAAAAUGCAUGUGCUAUUAAUUUUACUGAAAUGAAGGAAUACAUCAUGUCCUUCCCUAGCAAAACCAAGUUAGUGAAUAUCCAUGACACAACCUUGACACGUCGAGAUUUGGAAUGUCUUUUAGAAGAUGAGAUAUGGGUGGAGAGCGAGGUCAUAAAUGCAUAUAUUUACUGCCUAAGGGUCCAGGAUAAAUUUUGUACAGCGGGUGCACGUGUAUUCUUGGAAACUACAUAUGAUUCAGGAAUACUUAAGCGAGAUGGUGAAAUUCCUAUAAGCCUUGAGAGUCAUCACCACAUGGUUGAAAAGGUGCUUAAGUAUCUACAGCAUGACAUGGUUAGACUAAUUUUCCUACCUAUGGUUCUAUCAUUUGUUAUCAAUUUGUUUACCUAGCCGGGGCAACGACUUGUAUAUUAUGUGUCAGUUGUUCAUUCCAAUCAAUAUGAACCAAACGCAUUGGUAUCUAUCUGUUGUCAAUAUCGAACAACGCGAGAUACAAGUACUCGAUUCUUUUGGUUCUCGAAUGAGCCGAGCUGAUCUACAACUUACGCUUCAGGGGCUUGAGGCGCAUCUAAAGAUUGCUUCUAAGAUGAAUGGGUUUAACCUAGGUACUUGGCCAGAUAUUGAUGUAACUAGAUGGACUAUAAAAGAGUAUAUUCAAGAUCGAAUUCAAUCUGAUGGAUCAUCUUGCGGCUUGUUCAUGCUACAAUUCAUUGAAUACUGGACAGGACACAAACUGUCACAUCCUGUUACACAGGAAGAUGUCAAACCCUUCAGGCAAAAAGUAGCAAUCAUUCUCCAUGAAUCAGAUCUGAACGAUAUAAAAGGAACUCCUGAGUACCAUAAUCCAGCAGACGAUAUAAUAGAUACUGACGGUGUUGAAAUAUUGGACCCGCCACCUGCCAUGGUUGUUCUGAGAAUGCCACUUAAUAAAAAUGAGCUACUUUGCAAACUUCGAGGUCAUAUCAUGUCCAUUCAUAAUGCAGAUUCCCGAGAGAAAGAAUGGAUCCGUAGCUCCAAGCCCUACCCACUAAGUAUAAGUCUUAGACAACUACAAGACUUACUAAAGAAUACACGGGCUAUUGAUGUCGACAGUUUUAACAUGGCUGUUCGAGUAAAUGCUACAGACGACAUUCAAUGGGCUAAAGACACUCCAUAUCACUAUAUGGAUCUCAGAUUUUCUAUGAUACUAAAUGACUCUACACAAGAUCCAAAACUCCGUUUACCAUUUGAUGCCCAACGCUACAUUAUUGCAAAACUAUUUCAUUGUUGGCCUGAUAUGUGCUUUGACGUCUCGGUGUGCAAGUUGAUUUUGUUGCCGUUUUGUACAACCGGUCGCUUCAUCCUCUUCCUGUUCGACCUAUUGGAUAGAACAAUCACUAUACUCGACCCUCUUCCCCUAUCGGAUGCAUGGAAAAAGAAUCCUUCACAGAAGGACAUAUUUAAGAUUCAAUGUAUUUCAUUCCAUCUAAACAUAGCAUUACAAGAUGCAAUUCCUGGCUGGAAUGAUGAUGUUUUUAGAUGGCGUCGCAUCAUACCAAUUGGAGUUCCAAAAAACCCAAACAGCAAUAUGUCUGGGUUUUUAGUUUUAAAGAUUAUGCGCACGUGGCAUGAUCAUGAACAUGGAUUACCAGUUGUCCCGGACGAUUAUGACCUACGGAAUCAGGUGUUGGUACACUUGCUGUCGUACAAGGACAAUGAAUGCGUAGAAAAUAUUCCACAAGUCGUGCGUGAUUUGGUGAAGAGAAUUGGGAUAAACUUUUUUUAG